CUCCUUUCUUUGUUCGUCACUCACUUCACUUAUCUCUUACUUCUCUCUUCACUUCUCUUUUUUCAUCUCCAACACACAAUGAACAACUUUGAUCCCGCCAACACUGCCCAGUCUUUGGCUGUGGUGGAAUUUUCCACCACAGGAUUUGCGGAAGGAGUAAACUCCAAGAGACAGAAGAUUCUUUCCAAGAAUCUUGAGCUCAAAAGCUUCGCCAUCAAAGACUUUGAGGGCAACAAGGACGAUCAAGAAGAUUACAUAGCCAACACCAUGGCUACCUACAAGAAGAACCUCACUGACCGCAGCGAGCACCAAUUGGGGACAAAAGCGGACAAUAUAGGCUACCCUUGUAAUCUGGAAUAUGAUUACAAGAACCUAAAUCAGUUGCUGUGUUUCCCCAUUAAUAAUAUAGGAGACCCUUUUACUGACGGUAACUUUGGUAUUCAUUCAAGGCCGUUUGAGGUUGGUGUCUUGGAUUGGUUUGCCGAAUUCAUGAAAAUAGAGAAGAAUGAAUACUGGGGUUACGUUACAAGUGGCGGAACCGAAGCCAACCACCACGGUAUUCUUACCGGGAGAAAAAUGUUUCCCAAUGGCAUUUUAUAUGCCUCGAAGGAAUCUCAUUACUCUGUUGCAAAAGCAAUAGAUAUGUUUAGCAUGAAGUGGGUCCAAGUUGAAACACAAGUUAGUGGGGAGAUUGAUUAUCAUGACUUCAAAACUAAGCUCCUUGCUAACAAAGAAUUUCCUGCCAUUGUUGUUGCUAACAUAGGAACAACUAUGAAAGGUGCAGUGGAUGACAUUGAUCUUAUUAUACAAACUCUUAAAGAGAGUGGAUUUUCACAAAAUAGGUUCUAUAUUCAUUGCGAUGGGGCAUUGAGUGGCAUCAUUUUACCUUUCAUGACAUGUGAAGAGAAGGUUAUUAGUUUUAAGAAACCCAUUGGAAGUGCCUCCAUAUCAGGGCACAAGUUUAUUGGGUGUCCAAUUACUUGUGGUAUUUUGAUAACAAGAAAGGACUACAUUAAUUUCCAUUCAAGAAAUAUUGAGUAUAUUGCCCCACGGGAUGCUACAAUCAUGGGAAGUCGGAAUGGCCAUGCUCCUAUUUUCCUUUGGCAAGCACUCAACAAAGGAGGUUACAAAUGGAUCCAAAAACAAGUUGAGGAGUGCUUAAAAAAUGCUCGCUAUCUAAAGGAAUGCUUGAGCAAAGCUAGGAUUAGUGCAAUGCUAAAUGAAGGCAGCAUUAUUGUUGUGCUUGAACGACCUAAAGAUGAGGAAUUCAUUCGAAAGUGGCAGUUGGCUUGUCAAGGAAAUAUUUCACAUGUGCUGUUGAUGCCACAUGUAUCUGUUGAAAUGUUGAAUACUUUCUUGGACGAGUUGAUUGCAAAACGCUUAACUUGGUAUAAAGAUGAAAGUAUUUUGCCUCCUUGUCUAGAAGUUGACAUAGGAAAAGAAAACUGUGCUUGUGCUUUGCAUAAGUGUUAAUUAAAACUUAUUAAUUUUCAUGUUUUGUAUUAUGUUAUAUUGCAUUUGAUGCAUAUAAAAGUCCUUCUUUAUA